CGAUGAUGCGCUACACAAUUAAAUUUGCCCAGCCUCAUCAAACUCGUUUUGUGCUCCAAAUAGAGCGCUCAAUAAUGUUGCCAUUCCGCAUUUUGCGCAUGGAAUGGUACAGGAUCGCGAUUGUGAGAGCUAGGAGGUGCUUAUGCUUAUCAUAUGUCGGUGCUCAAGCUGAGCUUGUUGAGCACUGUAGUGCGCUUUCCGCUCAGGGGCCUGCUUCGAGCAUCGCGAUACUAUGACGGACUAGAGUAUCUUUCCACCUCUGCCUACUCCCUAUGUGUGUUUCGAUCCGCUUCGCCUAAUAUGAAAAUUUGACGGUGAAACUGAAGUGUCUCGUAGCAUCGUUGAAACAUUGCUAGGCAAGUUACAACUUUUGGGGGGCUUAAAAUGGUUGUAGCAACACUGUGAACAAUGUGUUUUGAAUCGGCAUACAGCUUGCUUAGAUCAAAAUAUCUCUUUGUCUCCGGAAGAUAUAUGUACCACAACGGCUCGUGUAUACUAGUUACUCCUCAGUUGCUGCUAUGCUUCAAUCAUUAUUAUGCACCGUUCUUUUACUAGAUUCUGAUGAUGGUGCCUCCGUCGCCGAUUGCCUUGAGGUCGCAUCUAAUGACAAUAGGAGUGCUGGAAGAUUUCUCAUGAUUGACAAGUGUAUACCGGAUAAAGUAGUUAAGCCUCAUUUGAUGGUAUCUACCAUGAACAUGUGCCGAAAAUCUUGAGUAUCGCAGUCGCAGGGGCAGUCGUGACAUCCUUAACGCUAUACAGCGAGACCAAUACACUCAAAAGUUCAAAAUUUGGAGAACAUGCAAGAAAGAUGCCAAUUUAUCGAUAAAUGGCUUGCUGUGUAAUGAACAGCACCCGUAUCACCGAGUGAAGAGUGAACAUGCUGAGAGCUCGAGUUUUAAUUUGCGUACGCUCUGUAGAUAAGGGUAUGCCGAUUUGCACGUAUAAACAUUCCGCGUCAUGCCGAUGAAAUCAAUUCUAUCACUCCAUCCAACUUUUCAAAUACUCUAAAACAUCAUUGCAAUCGCAACGCAAGCGUCUUAAUCGAUUCUUUCCGACAGUCUCAAUCUUUGAUCACGUAUCGAUUGCGACAUUCGGUUAAACAGUUUGAACACCACCGACCAAGUCACUGCGCUGCUUAAAUGUUUUGACGCCGAGCACUUUUACUUUUUGGAUUAUGUGUAUAAGUAAUUUACGAGAGCAUGAGCUCUCCCCACGAAGAAGCGCAAGAUGAAGUGGAAAAGUGACGACACGGCUACACAGCCGACUACUGACAAACGGAUAGGUUCAACUUAUGGAUAAGGCAAAUGCGUAAGGUAUUCACUGUGCUUGCAACUGGCAACUAGUAAAAAGCUGUGAAAUCGACACGAAUACUAGUGUUUUAUCGCUUGCUUGGUGAAACGGUUAUGUCUUUUGAAUUUCAAGCUCGGUCUUAAAUGCUCAAGAUCAGACAGAUCAAGUCAUAGGCAAACAAAUAAGCUGAUGGAUUUUAGGGACCAUACCCUUGCACACCGUUCAAGGGUAAAUGACAGAUUGUCUCGGAAAUACUUAAGUUCGCGGUAUCAUAUAAUAAUGACUUUUAGAUAUACUUUUUGACAGAGAACUAGCUGGAUUUGUUGUGAUAGAGCGAAAAAUCGCGGAUGCCGCGAUUGCUGAAUGUUAACGGCAUAACUGUUUCUAGACUAAUUCAGCAAUUCAACGAGCGAUGAUGAUGUCUACAUUGACGCAGUGGUCUGAAGAUCUCCAGCUGUGACUUUUGUUUUAAGUAAUAUGAAUAAAAUUUUGCUCGAAAAAGCGCAGAGUAAACUUACCCAUGGUCAUACCCAUGACGGAAGGCAACACAGUCGGCCACGACAGCAAUCAUAAUCAAUCAGUGCUCGCUGUGUGCGAGAUAGCGAUUGCGAAGACUGAAUAAGCUCAAGUUAAUCUCCGGACAAGAGUAUUGAUUCACUAGGUACCAGUCUCCAAAACUCGGCCAUAUGAAUUGUGUGUCAUCACAUUGCCGACGAGUUCGUCAAGGAUCGACCUGAACUCCAAUCUAAUCGAGGAUUUGAAACAAAAUCCUACGACUAAAAUGCUUUGGUGUCAAUUGUUGUGGACGAGCUGCAAAAAUAUCCGCACAGUACAUUGCGUUUAUAGUGCAUUUGCAGACGUGUGAAGAAGCAUCGGCAGUUUAGUAUGGGUCUUUCUGAUUUGGAUGAAG